GAGAUCAGCUGUGAUUAUCUGGCAGCAGCACUGAAGUCCAACCCCUCCCAUCUGAGAGAGCUGGACCUGAGCUACAACAACAAGCUGCAGGAUUCAGGAGUGAAGCAUCUGUGUGGUUUCCUGGAGAGUCCAGGAUGUGGACUUGAAACUCUGAGAUUGAGGAGCUGUGGUUUGUCAGAGAUCAGCUGUGAUUAUCUGGCAGCAGCACUGAAGUCCAACCCCUCCCAUCUGAGAGAGCUGGACCUGAGCUGGAACAACAACCUGCAGGAUUCAGGAGUGAAGCAUCUGUGUGGUUUCCUGGAGAGUCCAGGAUGUGGACUUGAAGCUCUGGGAUUGUGGGACUGUGGUUUGUCAGCGAUCAGCUGUGAUUAUCUGGCAGCAGCACUGAAGUCCAACCCCUCCCAUCUGAGACAACUGGAGCUGAGCUACAACAACCUGCAGGAUUCAGGAGUGAAGCAUCUGUGUGGUUUCCUGGAGAGUCCAGGAUGUGGACUUGAAGCUCUGGGAUUGUGGGACUGUGGUUUGUCAGAGAUCAGCUGUGAUUAUCUGGCAGCAGCACUGAAGUCCAACCCCUCCCAUCUGAGACAGCUGGAGCUGAGCUACAACAAGCUGCAGGAUUCAGGAGUGAAGCAUCUGUGUGGUUUCCUGGAGAGUCCAGGAUGUGGACUUGAAGCUCUGAGAUUGAGGAGCUGUGGUUUGUCAGAGAUCAGCUGUGAUUAUCUGGCAGCAGCACUGAAGUCCAACCCCUCCCAUCUGAGAGAGCUGGACCUGAGAGGAAACAACCUGAAGGAUCCAGAUGUGAAGCAGCUGUAUGAUCUUCAGCAGAGUCCAGACUACAGACUGGAGACUCUGGUGUGGAGGUGAUGAUGGUAAA